CUCUUGUGGGAGGCAUCGGCCCGUGAGAAGGGUCUAGGCCCGAAACGUCAGCUUUUGUGCUCCUGAGAUGCUGCUUGGCCUGCUGUGUUCAUCCAGCCCCACAUUUUAUUAUCUUGGAAUCUCCAGCAUCUGCAGUUCCCAUUAUCUCUGAUACUAUUUUAACCUCACUGCGAAGCCUCUUCCAGGGAUGCCUAACCUGAAGAAGUUACCCUCCUCCCUCCGGACCAACCUCAGGGAAUCUCUCUCCCAUUGCAACUCUCUUGUAAUCUCUUCGGCCUUGAAACUGCUCGACCAUGUCCUGAAGCAAACCAGGUACCACAGCCACAUCACCUUUCUCAGCACCUGCCUACGGAACCAGAUCAUCCCCAAGGGACUACAGUCCACAUUUCAGCCUUCCCAAUUUGGCCCCAACCGUGACCACCUCUACACCCAGAACAUUCAGACCCUUCAGAAGCGGUUCUCCCUGCGAGUCCUGAAACAGACACUUGCAGCCAUGCGCCGGCACCUCCAGGCACUGCAAUCCAGCCUGCCCCAGCUCAGAGCCUCCCUCUCCCAGACCUGCAAAGGACCCCUGCUGUUUUUUAUCCUCCGCAGGAUCCACAGACUGAACACCCAGUUCCACUCAGCUUUACUGGACACCAAAAAUCCAUCUGCAGUUCCCAUUAUCUCUGAGACUAGUGGUGGAGCUGUGUGGGACUCAGGAAUGAGAGCAGAGGGAUCCCAGAUACAGACAAGAGGUGGCGCUACUUCAGCAAAAUCAAAAUGUGAUGCCACAAGUGAGCACAUGGCUGUGAGCAUUUGAUUGACACGAACAUCAAACGUUUCACUCCAGAGUUUACUAUCUCGACGCUUUGCAAUAGCAGGGGGCCCAUGUCUAGAAGAGGGUCUUGGGGUAAAAAUUUCAGGUCGGCUAUCACUUCGAAAGCUAAUGGAACGCUGAAACAAAGAAGGAGAAAAGAAUUGGCUACAGACUAGUACCACUAAAACACUGAAAUACUAACAACUAAAGUGGGAUGAGUGUAACUGAAUGACUCGAUGGAAAUGUCACUGUAAUGGAAAACUAUUUUACAAAAUGCAACCCUCCAGAAGAGUUGCAAUUUGACAGUUUCAAUUUAAAGCGUACCUUUAUUCACAAACUUGGCAGGUGAAUGAAACAGACCUACUUUACAAUGUAUUGCAAUAAUGACUGGCCCUGUGGUAUGGAUGGUGAUUCUGGCAGUCGGUUAGAAAUGUUAAGACAGGUUUUGUUCAGCUGUAGUUGUUUAAUAUGUAAAAAUGUGGUAAAACUGCUUUUCAACACAAUACAAAGCAAAUGCAGAUACUCAAGUAAUGUAGAACCUUGGCUGCAUGUAUAAGUUAAAACCUUUGGCCAUGGUUGUCUUCCAUUCAUGUUAAACCUUGACUUUGUAAGACGCUAUGUAUAUUUGAAACCACAAAUACUUAAGUUGCAUUUAUUCUGAAACCGCAACUCAACUUUUCUUUCUUCUUAUUUCUAAGAAGCGACAAUAUAAAUUCAGAGUUAGAAGCUGACUCCCUUUGGGCCAACAAAUGCAAGAAGCCCCAGUUGGUGACAGGCUGUGCUGUAAAUGCAGUCUCAGGAGACUGUGAAUGAAUGGUGCUGAAUGAACAAUGUUAAAUCAAAACUCUGCAGGACAAUUUGCCUAUCUCAGAAAGUCUUCAUAAAGCUCACAAUAACGUGACAUAACUCUGACUCACUGACGUGCUUCAAUGAGAUUAAAUUUAAGUGUUGAGAAUAAACAAAAUAAAAUUCCAAUAAUUUCUUGUGAAUAAAUUGUACGUUCAUCAAUAGAUGAUAAAAGGUCAAACAUACUUUCUUUUCAUCUCCUAUUAUGAUUUUCUAAGUAAUUACAUUCAGGUUUUAUAAUAAACUUUUGUUAACACUACUAACUGAACACUUUUUACCCUCCAUUCCAUUCCUUGCAAAACACCAUAUGGAACAAGGUUCCAGUCAGCUUUACUCCUGUGCUUCUCUCAUUGACCUUAAUGACCAACCCACUAGGAGGUUCUAAAAGAGCAGCACUAGUUGUCAGCACUGUAGCUUAGUUUUACUCAUUUUAGGGUUAUGCCUUGCACGUGACUAGCAAUAUGUCAUUGUUAUUGUGUGAGGAGCAGCAUCUUAAAUCCAUUGACAAGCACAUUCACCUCGACUAAACUGCCUCAAGAUUAUUAUUUGAAAGGACGUUUAGUUAGACACAGUUUUAUGUUUACCAGCAAUAAAGGCAUGAAGUUAAACUGUAAUCAGUGGAAACUUGGAAAGACUUCUUAGUAUUAGUCAGACUUCUGCUACCCUGUCAUAUGCAAGCUAUUAAAGACAGGAGCUAAACUGCAGAAUACAUACUUUUGAAACUUGGUGCGAGUACAGACCGAGAUACGAACUGAUUCUCUCUCACUGUAUUUUAUCGCAAUUUAUUGAUAAGAGGAAAUACAGGCUCAGUAACUGCCAUCACUUCCACUUUUUAUUACAGUAAGCAGGAUCUGAAAUUGAAAUCUAGUCUACAAUUUCCACGGCCUUUUAGCUUUAUUUUUCCACAAAAUUGGUGAAUAAUAGUGUAGUUUAUUCCUAUUACUUCUGAGUUUGACCCUCCAAGGGAAAUCAGAAAUAUUUGCAAUUGACAACAGUCUUUACGUUUCUGCAGGUUAAGUGCUGCAAGUAAUAAAGUCUCACAGCAGCUGUACAAAUAUACUUGUAGCAGUAGACAGAGUGCUAGGCACAGCUUAAGUCUAGCCAAAGCAUAAAUUGCUUUCACGCUCAGCACACUGGAACUAAUGCAGCUCUUUCUCAGAAAUAUCAGAAACUUUUCACACACAAAUUCUGGGAAGAGAUUUAUCACCCCCAGGGAAUGCAAGAAUCUCAGUGCAGUCACGCUACUUCCCUACCUUCUGGAUCAAACACUGACCGAAGUAAAUUAGUAACCUCCCUUCCCCCACGUCUCCAGGCCAGGCCUAUUACUAUUCCAACAUGUGCAGCACAGCAGAGAAAGAAACACAACAGACCCUUAUUCUGCUUCCAACCAAUGGGACAGAUUCUUUAUCACUUCCUGGCUGCACUUCUGCACCUGGAGACAAACCAGCAAGGGUUAAUGUGGUCUAUGCAUUGCAGCUAUAUUUUCUUGCUCAUUUGAAAUCGCUGACUCAAACUAGGUUACAAUUCCAUGAAAGUCGAUGAUCCUGCUGUACAGUGAACAAUGUCAAUAGCUAACACUAACAAUUCGCAAUCCCAUCUAAUUGCAUCAUGUGAAGCGCCUUCACAGUUAAUAUACAAUGAAAAUUUCUAUUUCUAUGGUUUGAAAGCAUUUUAAAUUAAAUUUCCAAGAAGUGUAAGACAGAUCUGGGAAGGAAGUGAAUGACCUAGCACCAUUGUUAAAGAAUGCUGAGAUGUUGCAAAUACGAAUAGAAAUCGACUGCUCCAUGAAAGAGUUACAGAGUACUGAAAAUACAGUUUAUGUUGAUUCCGUACAAACUCCAAGAAUUGACAUCUUCAGGGAAAAUUGGUACGGGGA